AUGGCUGGCGGCGACGUUAAGAAGGGUGCCAACCUCUUCAAGACCCGCUGUGCUCAGUGCCACACCCUCGAGAAGGGCGGCCCUCACAAGAUUGGCCCCAACCUGUACGGCCUCUUCGGCCGCAAGACAGGUUCCGCCGAGGGCUACGCCUACACCGACGCCAACAAGCAGGCCGGCAUCACCUGGGACGACGACACCCUCUUCGCCUACCUCGAGAACCCCAAGAAGUACCUCCCCGGUACCAAGAUGGCUUUCGGUGGUCUCAAGAAGGCUAAGGACAGGACGGACCUGAUUGCCCACCUCAAGAGCGCUACCAAAUAA